CACCUGUCGAGGCAGCCAAGAUGGCAGAUGGUGACUCUAUUCCGGUUUGCCUGGACGACGUAGAGGCAAUUGCAUUGAAAAAGAUGUCUAAAAAUGCCUACGAUCACUAUAGAAGUGGUGCCGAUGAUCAACAGACUCUCGGGGACAACAGGGCCGCUUUCAAGAGAUAUCGACUGAGGCCAAUGUUUCUGCGUCGAGACGUCUCCACGCGAGAUCUCGUCACCACCAUACAGGGCGUGCCAGUAGAUUUCCCAGUCGGCAUCGCGCCAACUGCCGUACAGCGCAUGGCGCACCCGGACGGAGAAGUGGCAACAGCCAGAGCUGCAGCGUCAGUGCGUUCUUGCAUGAUCCUCAGUACAUAUGCUACCUCCACAAUGGAAGCGGUCGCCGACGCCACACCAGAUGGCCUGCGCUGGUUUCAGCUCUACGUUUUUAAAAACCAAAAACAGACGGAGGAUCUUAUACGUAGAGCUGAGCAGAGCGGCUACAGGGCAUUGGUGCUGACCAUUGACUGCUACCAUUCAGGAAUGAAACGAGCCGAUAUCAGAAACAAGUUUACUUUGCCAAAGCACCUAAGAACUGAGAAUUUAUCCGACGACGGAAAGCCAUAUGACGGAGUGUGUGGACUUGGAUUUGCACCGUUGUUAUGGAGUGAUGUGAAGAAGUUGAAAAGUUUCACAAAACUCCCUGUGGUUGUUAAAGGUGUUCUCACAGGUGAAGACGCCGUCAGGGCAGUAGAGAGUGGUGUAGACGGGAUCAUGGUAUCAAACCAUGGAGGGCGUCAGCUCGACGGUGUGCCUGCCUCGAUAGACGUGUUGUCCGAGGUUGUCCAAGCUGUCCAGGGGCGGUGUGAGGUCUACCUAGACGGUGGGGUUAGGUCAGGGACCGAUGUUCUUAAAGCUUUGGCGCUUGGCGCACGCGCAGUCUUUAUCGGCCGACCUGCGCUGUACGGAUUGGCUUACAAUGGGGAAGCAGGCGUGAAAUUGGUUCUACAGAUGUUGAGAGAUGAACUCAGCUUGGCAAUGGCUCUAGCAGGCUGUGCCAGCAUCGGGGAUAUCAAGCGUUCUUUAGUUGUCCACGAGAGUCAUUAUCUGCAACCAAAGCUGUAAUUUCCAUUAUACCCAUACUUAUUUAUUUAUUUAUUUAUUUAUUUAUUUAUUUAUUUAUUUA